UGUCAAUUUUGUGUUGGUGAUAAUUAAUAUUUUUCAUCAAGUUUCUUUAUCUUGAAGUAAAAGAUUAAGGAAAUAAAACGAUCAACAUAGAGUGCACUAUAAUAAAGUCUGUCACAAUGGCGGAAUACAAGGACAACAGCGAGAAUCCCCUUAAUAUUGAUGGAAGUAACUUUAAUCCGGACAUGUAUUUGGAAAGGCUAUUAAAAUGCGCUAAUUUGAAGCAAAUAAUGGACAAAGAAGCUGAAAUAGUCACUCAAAGUCAGUUCUUGCAAUCAGAGAUGCAAACUUUAGUGUAUGAGAACUACAACAAGUUCAUAUCGGCAACGGAAACGGUGCGAAAAAUGCGCUCUGAUUUCAAGAUUAUGCAAGAAGAAAUGAAUAAACUCAGCGAAAACAUGAACAAAAUAAAUUCAUUCAGUGCUCAGAUCUCUGAGUCUCUAAAGGAAAGUGGUAAUAACGUCAGUAGGUUAUGUGGAACAAGGCAAUUGUUGGAUAAACUACAAUUCCUCUUCCUAUUGCCUUCUCAACUCAAUAAAGCUAUAAUAGAAGGCAGAUAUGCAGAUGCUGUUCAUGAUUACACUCAUGCACAGAGAGUGUUACAAAAAUAUGGUAACCAACCUUCAUUUCAAAGCAUACAGACUGAAUGUUCAGAAAUAAUUUAUGGAUUAAAGAAAACUUUAAGAGAUAGACUUCUUUGCCCUGAUACUUCUGCUUCAGAACUAGCUGAGAGUGUUGGCUUAUUGAGACAAUUACAGGAGACUGAUGACUCCCUACAAGACAUAUUUUUAAGUUGCGCUGAAAGUCGUCUUGAUAAACAUUUGCAAACACUUAGUGUAAUGGUUGAAAAAACAGACAUACUAGAAUGGGUUGAAAAAUGUAACAGCACUCUACUUGCUGACAUAGGUAUUGUAGUCUCAUGUUACCACGAAAUGUUUGAAGACAAAGACAGUACAAACUUACCAGACUUUGCUGACAAGAUUAUGAGUCAAGUCUUCCAUUUGUUUGAGGAAGUUAUGAAAAAACCAGAGAAUAUUGGAACAGAAAUUUUAAUUCGAGGACUUGACAAGUUCUUCAGAAAGCUGCAAGCUAUGACUGACAUAAUAUCAAGUGACACAAUGUCUAAUAGAGCAGUGGAUAUGGUUAUCCAAUGCAUACAUCAAAAGGCUACUGUGCAAUAUCAGUCCAUACAAACUCAAUUCAAAGAAAGUCUUAUGAGAGUGAGACAGUCCUUGGCCAGCAAAGGUUCAGAGAGUGCUGAUCUCAAAGAUAUUCUCAACUCGUUGCAAGUGUACCUAAUGCAAAAAAUUCAAGCAUCAUUAUUAGAUCUCAUGGCAUUUCUUCAGAAUAACUUAUCUUUUGGCUUGAAGUCCUGGUGUGCAAAAGCUGUUGCUGAUAGCUGCUGGAAAGUUAUCUUUGAGACAAUGGUUACUUUAUCAGAUUUGGUGAAGAACAUGGCCUGUCUACAAACAUCAAAUAACAUUCCAUUUGAACUGUUGCUGAUUCUGGCUAAAUUAUGUUUGGAGAUGCAAGAAAGUGGUGUGACGACAAUACAUACUCAUUUGUUAAAACUAUUGGAAGAGGCUGCUCCUGGAUUAACUGUAGAAAACAAAGACACCAACACUGUAAUGGUACAUUUAUCUACAGCUGCUCAAGCUGCACUAGACUCUGAAGUUGUUUAUAUUGGGCAAACAGCUGCACAGAUGUUAAGAGUUUCUGUUCUAGCUAGAGACUGGCUUCGGGCCCCUGAGCCUCGGGGUCCUAGGGCAGUGUGCCGUCGGGUUGUGGAGACUCUAGCAAGCGCCGAUAGUGCGGCUUCUCAACUAUUUCCAACAAGUAUGAAACCUUCAAGUGAUUCAAGUCGGAGAACAAUAUGGUCGCGGGCGCCUUCAUCAUUCUCACCCAUUAACAGGAUUUUCUCAGAAAGAAUUGAAGUAUUUAGUCCAGCAGGAGCAGAUAGAGCAGCAUUGUCUAAUGGAGCUUUGAAAGUUGCACUGAAGGCUCUUGUGGAGUGUGUAAGAUUGCGGACAUUUGGGCGACAUGGAUUACAACAGCUGCAAGUAGAUGUGCAUUUCUUGCAACAGCGGUUGUCAUGUAUGGGGAAUGAUGAGAGACUUCUCAAUGCACUGCUAGAAGAUGCCCUUUCCUCCGCACAGCUAAGGUGUGUUGAUCCUCAGCUAAUGGAGCCCAGUAUUGUAGACAUCAUAUGUGAAAGAGGUUAA